GUAAUGCCCCUCCAUAUCGCGAACUUAUACCUCGACAUGAUAAAGGCUUAUUUAGAAAAUUACAUCUCUUUAAUUCCUAGAUUCAAAUCGAUUCGAAUCGAAUUUUCUCACGUAGUCGUAAAACCUCCUUUUAUUCCUUCUCAGAUACCCCAUAUUUGUUUGUCUCACUGAUAAGAACAUAACCUCGUUCACGUGCUCUAACCACUCGAAGUCGAUGAUAUAACAUUAUAACAACUUACAGCAACCACCAGGGGAGGUCCUAGAUAUCGCCCCCCUUUCUAUAUUACUUUCCAUUCAUACCACCCACCCCAUUUGAUACUGAUACACCACCACUACCACCACCCUUGCUAUCAGAAAGCACAGCCAGCUGAGCCGAGCUGCUCGCCAGAGCGGAAGCACCGCACAUCCAUCCACAAGAGUCAAGACCAAUGUCCCGCAAAGGCGUCGGCCUCGCCGCCUUCGACCGCUCCCGCCUGACGUCGGCGCAGUUCGCCUCCCACGGGAACUCGCUGCGCUCGCACGACGCGCAGGCCCUCGAGACCCAGCUCGCCGUCUUCCGCUCCCUGCUGCAGCAGUUCGCGCAGACCCACGCCAAGGACAUCCGGUCGGACCCGUCCUUCCGCGCGCAGUUCGCGCGCAUGUGCGCGGCCAUCGGGGUCGACCCGCUCGCCUCGUCCUCGCACGGCGGGGGGUCCUCCUCCUCGAGCCUGUGGGCGCAGCUCCUGGGCCGCAGCGUGAACGACUUCUACUUCGAGCUGGCGGUGCGGGUGGUGGAGGUGUGCGGGGCCACGCGGGGCGAGAACGGCGGGCUGAUCGGGGUGCGGGAGCUGCGGGAGCGACUGUCGCGGGGGCGGAUGGAAGGCGCGCCCGAGAUCGCGGACGACGACGUCCUGCGCGCCGUCGGCACCCUGAAGCCGCUGGGCUCGAGCUACUCGGUCGUGCGCGUCGGCAGCAAGCCGUACAUCCGCUCCGUGCCCAAGGAGCUCAACACCGACCAGAGCGCCGUGCUCGAGGCCGCCCAGGUCCUCGGCUACGUCAGCGUCUCCAUGCUCAUGGUCAACCUGCGCUGGGCCCGCGCCCGCGCCCAGACCGCCGUCGACGACCUGCUCGGCGAGGGCAUGCUCUGGGUCGAUAAGCAGGCGGACGAGUGGGAGUAUUGGAGCCCCGGGUUCAUGCUAGAUGCCGACAGUGGAGCUGCAGUAGGGGGGUGAGGGAGAUUCUACAAGUCUGCUUCGUUGGCCUUGAUGAUAUAUAUAUUGAGGCAGGACGCGUAUAUCAUAUGAUACGCUUCUACCGACUUGGCUAUUUUGGCUGACGGGCUGGGCUGGCUGUUCUCCUAAAUCCUAGAUCUAUAUGGUACUCUCGCCGCCGAAGAGGGAAAGCUUUAGAGUUAAAAACAGUCGCCUAUAGAACCACGGAAGUAGUAUUGACCUUGCGUGCAGCUACGUGGGUACCUCAAGUCCUUGGGGCAAGAAGUAGAUAAAUAAGGGGGGCUUACUAUACUUCUUGGACACUUAACACUACAGACUAUCCACGCAGUCACUUCUUACACAUUGUAAAGGGGCUUGUCGAUUCUGAGGUAUGACAACGCAUCGCAAGGAUCUCCCGACAGAAACGCGGUCGGCAACAUUUAUACAAAGAGAUAGAUACUUGAAACCAUGAGAUAGGCAUCGAAAUAACCUAAUAUUAA